UGUGCGUAGAUGCGUGAGCGCAGCGCGCCGCACCGCGACCCACAGAGAGGCGCAGCUCGCGGCGACGCACGGACCAUGCCGUGCUGCCUCUGGGCCGCGCUGUCUCUGCUCCUCGCGGUCGUCGGCGCCGGCGCCUGGACACCGCCGAGACAGCCCUUGCUGCUCACUCCGAGACAUCGCAGACACGCGCAAGAAACUCAUCACUUGCGACUCCUCGGUUGGGAUCUCAAGUUAAAAGAAAACAAAGCUAUUCGUUCGCCUUAUUAUAAGGAAUGUCAGUUUUUUACGGGACGCGUUCUUCAUGAAGAGGGCUCCGCUGUGACGGUUACCGAAUGUGACGGACAGCUGUACGGGCUGCUGCAGGUCGGCGGUGAAGAGUUCGUGCUGCAGCCGACCAGAACGCAGGAGAAACACGUGUUACGACGCCGAGACGUUACGCACAGCGAGCGUUCGGCCGAGUACAACCUCACCGGUGAUACGGUCAUCGACCUUGAUCUUGACUUCGAUGAAGAUGAUGACCUGUUACCGACCUCGCACGUACAUCCGCGGCACAGCGAUCAUUCCGACAAAGAGUACUUCCAUGACAUGCAUUUGUUCAGAAGACCUGCGUCAGGUGUAAAGGGUCUUUGGCUUGAACUGGCCAUCGUUGCCGACAACACCAUGUUGAAAUUUCAUGGCCGAGAACGUGUCAAACAUUAUAUUUUAGCUUUAAUGAAUAUUGUCAGUGCCAUCUUCAAUGACCCAUCACUGGGCUCUAACAUCACGUUAGUGAUCAACAAAUUGUUUCUCUACGAGGACAAGGACAUAAUUUUGAAGUACGGCAACAUCAAAAAAUCGUUAGAAGCUAUUAACAAGUGGAACUAUAGACAUCUCAUGAAGCUACCUGAAGGUAGCACAGGAUGGGACGCCACAAUAUGGUUGACGAGAUCCCAGCUUGGAGGGCCUUCCGGGUUCGCCCCCGUAGGUGGGGUCUGCACCAAAACGCGGUCAGCCGCCAUCGACCGCGACGAAGGAUUGACCAGUGCUUUUGUAAUUGCACACGAACUCGCUCACUUAUUAGGGUUGACCCACGAUGGAGAAGGCAAUUGUCAGUCUGAAGCGCUUCGAGGCUCUGUAAUGGCACCGACAGUAUUGGCUACCCUACACAACUUUGCCUGGUCAAGUUGUUCAAAGGAACAAUUUCAUGCGAAAUCAAAGAAGUGGUGGUGCCUCCAUGAGCGUAGCACUGACGAGGGUGUGGAACUAGGUGGUGCUAAGGAGCUCUCAAAUUAUGUCUUCACAAUGGAUGAACAGUGCAGGACUGAAUUCGGAGAAGGUUUCUCAGUGUGUCGAUCCGUAAAGGUUCGGUCUGCGUGCUCAAGGUUGUGGUGUGCCCACCGCGCUAUGCCUCACGUGUGCCGGUCAAAGCGAGCGCCGCCUCUCGAGGGAACACCCUGUGGACAAAACCAAUGGUGCGUGGAUCGUGUCUGCGAGCCGAUGCCUGGCCACAGUAAAGAGACUAAGGUUGAAAACAAACAUACUCCAGAAUGGGGAGAUUGGGAGGAGUGGAGCGCAUGCAACGCAGAUUGUGGUUACGGCCUCAGGACAAGAACACGAAAAUGCAAAUACAGAGGGUUUGUAUCAGAGAGCGCAUGUGAGGGUGCUGGAUCUCAAGUAGCGACUUGCUGGGCGGGGUCUUCGUGCGCUGCAACCAGAGACAUCCGCUCCGACCUCUGCCAUCGCCAACAGAGCAGACUCAUACCUUAUUUACAUGCCAACGAGUCCAACCAUUGUGAAAUUUCGUGUGUGGACUACGCUGGAGGGUCGCCCACCAAUUUCGGAGCCCUACCCGACGGAACGCCCUGCAGCUACCUUCGACCCUUCGACGUUUGCUUCCAGGGUACGUGCGUGAAAGGUCAAUGCAAUUCAUCAGAUACAACCUGCAACUGGUGCCCAGACGGCUACUGCAACAACAACACUAACACAUACACAAGAUUACUCGGUAACGGCUGGACUCGCAUGACGAUGGUGCCGCACGAAGCACGUCAACUGUCCAUACACAUAGCCACACCGAUUCCCCUCCACAUUGCACUGCGCGAACGGAAACGGGACAAGCCGAUUCUAGAACUUUCUAAGCACUCCAAAAAAUUCGACAUCAGCUCCCUUCAGGACAACUACUUGAAAUACGAUCCGAGCGUGCCUCAGAAUCUUCAGAUCGUGGAAAUGGACAGCAACAUUUUAGACUUGAAAGAGAGCUUUCGUUAUGAAGGCGAGGCGAUCACGGCUGGGACUCUCCUGCGCUGGAAUCAAACCGACACGGACAUUUAUAUAACGUCAGAAUCUAGACUGCAAACUGAUUUGAUGAUAAUGGCAAUACCAGUUAAUCCUACAUUAGAAGAUGCGGUCAGUGUGGACGUGUCAGUAAACUACAGCACUCCAACUGGACGCACGAGACCAUUGGAAUACAGGUGGUCGAUAGAGCGCGGUCCGUGUUCCGCGUCCUGCGGUGGCGGUGUGCGAUUGAUAACAGCCCAGUGUCAUCGAGAUCAGAAAUGUCCACCGCCUAGAUACGAAUCAUGCAAUACACACAGCUGUGAAUUUGUGUGGGCUUCUGACGAUUGGGAAGAAUGCAGUUCGACAUGCGGUAGCAACGGUGUUCAAGAAAGACAAUUGUUCUGUGUUCCAUCAAACGCAAGCAUGUUAUCGAGGAGAGAGUUUAUCAAACACAGCGUGUCACCAGUCAUGUGCUCGUCGUCAAAGCCGCCACAUCGCCAGCCCUGCAACCGUAUCCCCUGCCCUGUUUACUGGAGGGAGCAACCCUGGACUCCUUGCUCGGCGUCGUGCGGACGCGGCGUGUCCCGGCGUCCGCUCACGUGUCCGGCGUCAGACGAGCUACUAUGCGGACCGAAGCCGCGCGAGCGACGCCGGCGCUGCAGACUCCGGCGCUGCCCCUCAGCAUUGAGAGUCGCAGUGCAGUGCCCCGAACGCGACCACGCGCACUACUGCGAGCUCUUCACACUGGAACAGCUGCACCGGAACUGCGAGGUGCCGCCGUUCAGGAAAUAUUGCUGUAACGCUUGCAGGGACGCAGACCGCCGUCAGCACAGACGGUACGGCUGAGAAGCGUCGCUUCUGUCCAACUUAAUGGUAGAAACUGCGUUUUUAUCAAACUUCUGGGACUACGCUGAACCGAGAAACCGAACCGGUUAUAAUGUAGGUUCGUAAACUUCGUAAUAUGCUAGAAUGUUUUUAAAAGAUUUUACGAUGCAACCUAUCUUCUUAAGGUCCACAUUAUUGAAUAAAUUAUAAUAAACAUAACUCUAAAACUGUACAUUAUGCAAAAUUUAUUCGUACACAAACAUGAUGUCAUAGUAUUCUUAUAUCUUUUAAAGGUCAUAGUCAAUAUACUGAGGCCCAUAGUUUCAAAGCGUUAUUUCUAUCCUCUUCUUAAGGUAGCGUUUGGAACUAAACGAUUACUUAAAAAAAUAGUAUGGUUUAUUUUGAUAACCACAACUGUGUAUUACUACUACAAUUUUUCAAAUAAUAAUUAACCAACUGGAUUUUAUUGUUCAUUUUUGAUAAAAAAAAACUUAUUCGAGUAUUUUCAAACGUUGCCUUAAACAAUGGUCUCUUGUUAUUUAGUUAAAAAUAAAAGAUUCCAUGUCAGCAUAACCGGUAUUUUGUACGUCUGUUGUUUUUCGUAUUUAUAAGUAGAUUUUAAGAAGUAAUUUUAUAUCGAACAUGAAGUACGGAACAAAGUGCCAUAAUUAUGUACUACAAAUUCACCAUAAUAAAAGAGCUACUUUAGAAA